GGCUCCCUCCACAGUGCGGUUCGGUUGACGCAUCACCGCUCAGCCUGUGGUUAUACUGCCAAGCAGCGACGGUUAUUUUUUAUUUACAUGAACAGAAAAUCGUAAACGGUGCUUCUUGCGAACGUGUCGACCGAAAAACGCACCAAAGCGCAGGCUGAACAUGGAGUCGUACGAUAUUAUAGCUAACCAGCCGGUUGUGAUUGAUAAUGGGUCUGGAGUUAUUAAGGCUGGUUUUGCAGGAGAUCAAAUCCCUAAAUACUGUUUCCCAAAUUAUGUGGGGCGGCCCAAGCAUGUCCGGGUGAUGGCUGGUGCCCUUGAGGGCGAUCUUUUCAUUGGACCCAAAGCUGAGGAGCACAGGGGGCUGCUGUCUGUCCGCUAUCCUAUGGAACAUGGUAUUGUGAAAGACUGGAAUGACAUGGAGCGCAUCUGGCAGUACGUUUACUCGAAGGAACAGCUGCAGACCUUCUCCGAGGAGCAUCCUGUACUGUUGACCGAAGCACCGUUGAACCCCAGUAAAAAUCGUGAACGUGCGGCUGAGGUGUUCUUCGAGACCUUCAACGUGCCUGCGCUGUUCAUCUCCAUGCAGGCUGUGCUCAGUUUAUACGCCACAGGCCGAACCACAGGUGUGGUCCUGGACGCCGGUGAUGGUGUGACACACGCUGUCCCCAUAUACGAGGGAUUCGCCAUUCCACAUUCCAUCAUGCGCGUGGACAUCGCCGGACGUGACGUCUCCCGAUACCUCCGCCUCCUCCUGCGCAAGGAAGGCUAUGAUUUCCACACUUCUGCAGAGUUUGAGGUCGUGCGCACCAUCAAGGAGAGAGCCUGCUACCUUUCCCUCAACCCUCAGAAGGAUGAAACUCUAGAAACUGAAAAAGCACAAUACACACUCCCCGACGGAAGCACUCUAGAUAUCGGCCCAGCGCGAUUCAGGGCUCCAGAGCUUCUCUUCAGGCCUGAUCUGAUUGGAGACGAGAGCGAGGGUAUUCAUGAGGUGCUGGCCUUCGCCAUUCAGAAGUCAGACAUGGAUCUGCGACGCACGCUCUUCUCUAACAUAGUGCUGUCCGGUGGCUCAACACUUCUGAAAGGUUUUGGAGACCGGUUGUUAAGCGAAGUGAAGAAACUUGCGCCCAAAGAUGUUAAAAUUAAGAUAUCUGCACCACAGGAGAGACUUUAUUCAACAUGGAUAGGGGGAUCUAUCCUGGCUUCACUCGACACCUUUAAGAAGAUGUGGGUCUCCAAGAAGGAAUACGAGGAAGAUCGCGCCCGUGCCAUCCACCGAAAAACAUUUUAAUGGGGUCUAAGGCCAGCGGCCUCCCUCAUCUCUGCGGUUUCACAUCCCUCUCCUCUCUCGCUUGGCCUCCCUCUGUUUCCCUCCCUCUUUCCCUCCCUACCCGUCCCGACAGCAAACCUGCCGGGCAUCCCAUCCGCAGCUAAGGCAUGCCUUCCGUGUCCCCUGCCCACAGCUCUCGUUCGGGGCACCUGACGAGCGUCACUGGGGCAGGAUGCGACCGGGCAUCCCUUGCCCGUUCCGCACCCAUCAAACACCGAAAAAAGGCUUUUCAGGGCAUCAGUCAAUACUGUUAACUAUUGUUUCGUUUAAAGCCAAUGCUUCAAUUCAGCGCUUAGAUAUUUAUUACACUAUUUACCCGGCCCUGUAUGAUAUUGUCAUAUCUAUUCUAAUGAAACAUGAAGGUGAAUGUUUUACUCUGUUGUAAGAAAUUUCAUUCCAGAACCGAAGAGAUCGAUCAUUUUCUUUAAAUGUCGCAGAUGUCAGCGUAGUAUUUUUAUUCUUAGUUUUUUUGACGACCGCAUACGAUAGAAAAAGACAUCGCUCACCACUACAACAAUUCACUGUAAAGGACACUACUGUGUUUCCUGUCUGUGUCCCUCCCCUUGACCGUCUCGAGGCUGAAACCACUUUUUAGCUCAAGGGAACUAAAUAAUGUAUACUGAAAUACAAAGUACACGGUAGGUAGCUAGAUUUAUCGCUGCUUGAAAUGUCGACAAGUGUUAUUAUUAGUAUACAGCACAUUUUAACAUGGAAUUAUCGGUUUAUGGGGCGCUUUAAGGAACAUUUUCGAGUUGUUUACUGUCUUUUUGUUGAAAUGUUGCUCUUAGAAUUAUGUUUGUCAGCUUUAAGUUGUAAAGCAUAAUUGUUACCGCACAAACAUUGACUUGAUGCGAACAUUAUCCCGUUCGAGUUACGUUUUUCCCCUGAGCAUUUCCCAUGAUCCUCAUAUUAACUCGAGCUGUUGACUGAAGCUUUAAUGAAGUCGUCCAGUGAGUUUUACGUGGCCAUGAAGACGUCUCAUUAUUGUGGCACGAUUUCGAUGUAAAUUCAGACUCUCCCCCGAAUUCCAGAUUAGUGCAUGAAAUCAACAGAACGACUGAGAUUGUGUGUUAUUUCAUUGUAAAUCUCAUCGACGUGGACAUUGAAGGCAGAGGGUGGCCGAAUGGAUUUAGAAGCUCUUCUGGCACUAGUAUUUCUGUAGUGUUUGUUGAAAGAGAGCUGCUCUCUAAUGGGAUGAUGGGGUAGCAGGGUUGCGUUUAAGUCCAGUUUUGUCCAACCGAAGAUUCGCCUUACUCCAGUGUCGUCAUUGGAAAGUCAGAGCAUCUUGGUUGUCUUUUCUUUUUAAAGAUAUAGAAAUAUCAUCAUAAGCCUUGUGUACAGUGGAUUGCUAUUCAAACUGUUAAAAAAAAAAAAAAAAACAAAAAAUAAACGACAAAAAAGGACUAAAAUGUACAAACCUGUUUCUUCAAUUGUUGCUUUUUCUUUUAAUUUUGUAAAUUCAGUAUGAUAAAUAAAUUAAUGCUGUCUGAAA